GUGAUUUAAAAAUUAAUUCAAAUGUCAAAUAGGAAAGUAGAACACGAUUGAAAGCAAACAUUUCUUGUGAUUAUAAACAUUCAGGUCAUAGCUUUUACAAAUGUCCUAAAAGAAGUUGAGCACCGAGUCAGUUUGAUUCACUAUAUAGGUAAGAUUUUAUAUAAUCCCAGCGUGUUUAGAAAGUCGAAAAGAAGAUUUUUCUGAACGUGAAGCUGUGUAUGCCACAGCUUUCUUCAGCAGAAUAUUCGGAUUUUUAUGUAACAUCAAAAUAUACACACUGUCAAAAGGUACAUGUAGAAAUUUCUAUCUUUAUGUUAUUGGUUAGCUGUUUUGUUGUUCAGACUGAUUGUUUCCAGUUUGUUAUCAUAAAUUCAGACUACAGUCAUAGUCAUCUCUCAUCAAAGAACGAUUCACUAACAAGAACAAGGCAUGUAUCAGCGAAGAAGAACCAUUUCUUUUCCACGACUUCAUUAUCAAGCUGUACAGUCGUAUUUAUACUCAGUAAAGUGACAGAUAAUUGCAUUAAAAAGUUGCUCGGUCAAUGUUCAAAUUAUACAAUCGGUGUAGGUGGUGGUAUUUGUUCAAGUGGAACAGAUAGAAAAUGGGUCAUUGAAUAAGGAGGCACGAAUUGAUAACAAGUGGUGAGAUAAGAGACAAGUGUUGUCAAAGAAUUGUAAAAUGGUGAUAAUUAAGCUGAAACAUGUACAAAAAAAAGUGAAAUAUGGGUCAAAUGUUAUCAAUGAAGUGAAAAUUAGUGAUAAUGAUGAUGACAAUAGAAGAGAAGCAUACCAAAGUGAACUGAA